GCUGUCAAAACAAAGCUGUCAUUUACUUAGUUCCGUUGCGUUGCGCUGUGCAUGGCCAGUGAUCAGAUCAAUUUCCAAUUCAACACUAUUCGCAACGAAUGGUGGACGGAACGCGUCGGAAACGUAAUUAACAAUAAUAAGGAUAUUGUAGUGUGUAAUUAUGAUAUGACAACUAUUUUCCAACAUAUAAUUCUUUUGUGAUAUAUUGUGAGCUAAUAAUGGCUGGUGUUUGUGCAUAUUUCUUACGAUUUCUACCCGUCGUGGGGUGCCUUCUUCUGAUUCAUUUAGCAGAAUAUGUGCCUACUGCAUCAGCGGAAGGCCACUGCAUAUGGUAUGGUGUGUGUACCAACGCGACCCAAACGAAGAAGGUUAACUGCUAUUACGAUGGACCGGCCAAGCCUAUUGAAGAGUCAACUAGGUCGAUCAUCCAAAAGUACUGCCCGGACAUCGCUGCCGGCGGCCUCGCGUGCUGCAACAGCGACCAGCUCAUCAACUUGAAUAACAACAUCGGCAUGGCCGAGAACAUUCUGGCAAGAUGUCCGACCUGCAUGGAGAACUUCAUCAAACACAUUUGCGGGUUGACCUGCGCCCCCAACCAGAGCGAGUUCAUCAAGCCUGUCAAAAUGGGACCUUACAAUACAACUCACAAACAAAUAUUGGAGAUCGACUACCAUCUCAGUACGACCUACAUGGAGUCGACAUACAACUCAUGCUCACAGGUGCAAGUGCCAGCCAGUAAUCAGCUCGCAAUGGACUUCAUGUGCGGCUCGUGGAGCGCCGCCUAUUGCAGCCCCCAGCGCUGGUUCGAUUCCAUGGGAGACGCCAGCUCCGCCUUCGUUCCGUUCCAGAUCAACUACAUAAGUGGGAAUGAACCAGUUGACGGAAUGAUACCAAAUAACCCCCCGACUAGGCCCUGCAAUGUUGGCAGUAAUGGCCAGCCCGGCUGCUCGUGCCUGGACUGCGCGGCGUCGUGCCCGGCGCCGCCGCCCCCGCGCCCCGCGCCGCGCCCCUUCAGCAUCCACGGCGCGGACGGCUACGCGGUGGUGAUGGCGAUCGUGUUCGUCAUCUUCACCACGCUGUUCCUAAGCGGCGUGUACUGCUGCAACCAGCAGGAGAAUCCUGUCGACGUGUGGGCGCGCGCCGCGGAGGCCAGGCGAGGGGGGCCCGAAACCAGCCCGCUACACAGCCAUCGGUCCAGUGUCGCUUCGGACACCAAUCAGGAAAUGUCGGGGAACCCCCCCGCCGGCUGGAGCGGCGAGCAGGCGGACGAGCCCGUGGACGCGACCUUCUUCGAGAAGCUCGGCGCCAAGACUGAGAGCACGCUCGAGGACUUCUUCGAGUGGUGGGGGAACAUCAUGGCUACUAGACCGUGGGUGGUUCUGUUUUUGGGUCUCGUGUUCAUAGUCGCGCUCGGCUACGGCAUGUCCUACACUCAACUGACCACCAACCCGGUGGAACUGUGGGCGUCCCCGUACUCCCGAUCCCGUCAGGAGAGGGAGUACUUCGAUUCCCACUUCGAGCCAUUCUACCGCACUGAGAUGGUCAUCAUCAGUUCUAAAGGCCUGCCGUAUAUAGAACAUGAGACACCGUCUGGCAAUUUGACGUUUGGACCAGUUUUCAACGCUACGUUCAUGUUGGAGGUUCUCAAUCUGCAGAAUAAGAUAAUGGCUCUGAACAACGGCGUGGGUAUCGAGGAGAUUUGCUUCGCUCCGCUAUCGAGUGACUUCACCGGGCCCACCACUCCCGAGCAAUGCGUGGUGCAGUCUGUGUGGGGAUGGUGGGAGAACGACGCGGAUGAGUUUGAAAUGGACAUAGAGGAUAAUCAAUAUUUGGACAAAAUCGCCUCUUGCGCCAAUAACCCGUACUCGUGCCUGGCGCCGUACGGCGGGCCCGUGCUGCCGGCCGUGGCGCUGGGCGGCUUCCUGCGGCCCGGCCAGCAGCUCGCCAAGACCUCGCCCUUCCACGAGGCCACCUCGCUCAUCAUCACCAUACUAGUCAACAAUAAACACGACAAGGAGAAGCUCAAGCCAGCGUUGCAAUGGGAGAAGGAAUUUAUCAGUUUCAUGAAGAAUUACACUGAAACCUCCAUGCCUUCUUACAUGGACAUAGCGUACACUUCAGAACGGUCCAUAGAAGACGAACUGGACAGAGAAUCACAAUCAGAUGUGUCGACUAUAUUAGUGUCAUACUUUAUUAUGUUCGCGUAUAUAUCUAUAUCGCUUGGGAGGUUUACGAGCUUCUCAAGACUGCUGAUUGAUAGCAAGGUUACGCUUGGACUUGGAGGCGUCCUCAUAGUUCUAGCUUCGGUAGUGUGCUCAGUGGGUAUAUUCGGCUACGCGGGCGUCCCGGCCACUAUGAUCAUUGUUGAGGUCAUACCGUUCUUGGUGCUGGCCGUGGGAGUGGACAAUAUCUUCAUCCUGGUGCAAACCAACCAGAGGGAGGGCAGGAGGCCCAAUGAAACUGUGGCGGAACAUAUCGGGAGGACACUGGGCCAGGUGGGCCCGUCCAUGUUCCUGACGUCGGUGUCGGAGUCGGUGUGCUUCUUCCUGGGCGCGCUCAGCGACAUGCCGGCCGUGCGCGCCUUCGCGCUGUACGCGGGCGCCGCGCUGCUGGUGGACUUCCUGCUGCAGGCCACCUGCUUCGUGGCGCUGCUGGCCAUCGACACGCAGCGCCAGAACGGCAACAGAUUCGACAUAGUCUGCUGCGUGCAAGGCGCCAAAGCGACUGAAGGCAACGCUGCCGGCGAGGGCGCUUUAUACAAUCUGUUCAAGCAGAUUUACGUGCCUUUCCUCAUGAAGAGAGAAGUCAGGGCUUCAGUCAUGAUCAUAUUCUUCGCGUGGCUCUGUUCCUCUGUGGCUGUGGCGCCACAUAUAGAAAUAGGUCUCGACCAAGAGCUAUCAAUGCCCCAAGACAGCUUCCAACUGAAAUACUUCCAGCAUUUGAACAAGUAUCUGAACAUCGGCCCGCCAGUGUACUUUGUUAUAACAGAAGGUUUGGACUUCUCGGAGACCAAGACACAGAAUAUGGUCUGCGGAACAAGGUUCUGUAGGUCUGACAGUGUUGCCAUGCAACUUUAUUCCGCAUACCGCACACCAAACGAGACGUACAUAGCCCAGCCUCCCAAUUCGUGGCUGGAUGACUUCUUCGACUGGGCCGCGCUCGCGUCCUGCUGCAAGUACUUCCCGGGGAACGGCACUUUCUGUCCUAAUUCAGGCGUGCCAAGCUGCAAAAGCUGCAACAUCCCGCUGGUGGGUCCAGAACAGCGCCCCGACUCCUCGGACUUCCAGCGCUACGUGCCGUUCUUCCUUCAGGACAACCCCAACACUGGAUGCGCCAAAGGGGGGCACGCUGCCUACUCGCACGCGGUCAAUUAUAAACAGAUCAAUACGAACGCAUCUAGAGUUGGAGCCACUUAUUACCAGGGUUAUCAUACUGUCUUGAAGACCAGUUAUGAUUACUAUUCGGCGCUGAAAGGGGCCAGGUCCGUCGCAGCGAAUCUAACCGAAACGCUGAACCGUAAUCUCAGAGAGGAGGGGAAGAACACAACAGUGAACGUGUUCCCUUACUCGGUGUUCUACGUCUUCUACGAGCAGUACCUCACCAUGUGGCCUGACACAUUGAAGUCUAUGGGCAUAUCUGUACUGUCUAUAUUUAUCGUGACUUUCUUACUGAUGGGAUUCGAUCUGUUCUCAGCUUUGGUGGUAGUGAUAACGAUCACCAUGAUCGUGGUGAACCUCGGCGGGCUGAUGUAUUGGUGGGGAGUCAGUUUGAAUGCAGUAUCUCUAGUCAAUUUGGUGAUGGCAGUAGGCAUAGCGGUGGAGUUCUGUUCUCACUUGGUGCACAGUUUCUCAGCCUCUAGGGCUUCGGGUCGCAUUGCUCGAGCGGCGGAUUCCUUGGCCAAGAUGGGCUCCUCGGUACUUAGCGGCAUUACAUUGACCAAGUUUGGUGGAAUCAUCGUGCUGGGCACGGCUAAGAGCCAGAUCUUCCAGGUGUUCUACUUCCGCAUGUACCUGGGCAUCGUGGUGGUGGGCGCGGCGCACGGGCUCGUGUUCCUGCCCGUCAUGCUCAGCUAUAUCGGUUCGCCGAUGAACAAGCAAAAACUGGCCAAUCAGAUGCGGCGCGGGAAGGAGAUGACCGUAGCGGAAACCUCGCUCACUCGAGUAAGAGACGCAAGUGGACACAGAUAUACUUAUGUACAGAGUGUGGCGUAGGCGUUGUUUGGGCGAUCCAAUUUGUCAGUUCUAUAAUGUAUUAACUCGGUGGUAUCAUAGAAUUGUGAAGUUUAUUUUUGUAAUGCAAAUGAAGUUUUGUUUAUUUACAUUUUAUUAUGAAGCAGAGUGAAUCUCUUGCGAGAUUGACAAAGUAACUAUGUGUGCUCUGUUGUAAGUUUUAUUUACUGUGACAAUUAUAUUCAUCUGGUAACACCAAUUUAAACAAUAAAGGUCUUUAACAGUAAAGAUACGUUUGUAUGUCUAUGCCGAUAAUAAUUCGGCAUAUCAUAUAAAUUAAAAGAAUAAAACAAAUUGGAUCCUCUGAAUAAACCAAUUGUGUGCGCACCCCGUACCGAAAUAGAAUGGGCAUUAACAGUUUUUCAUUCAUCGAGUAAGAAUUCGUUUCGUGUUUUAGUAUCGGUAUUUUUGAUGUAUCGUUCCGUCCGUUCUAGUUCGGUGGCACACUAGCGCCACACAAUUAAAGUCUCACUCGAGAACCUGCAGCUCGAUUUUAUCGAAUCGAUUAAAUCGAGUUCGAUACGAUCAGGUACAAAGCUUAGCAUCACAUUUGUAAUAUUUGAUGGGUUGCUUUUUCAGCUAUACGUAAGCAACAUCUUCGUCUUAAAACUUACUAAUCAAUCUGUGCUAGAAACAUUUGUGGGUAACAAGAAUGAAAAGAAAUACUAAUGCUUCAGUUGCAAAGAUUUUGCAUAAAAUAGGUUAGUCUAGAAAAAUAUAGUAAAAUCUCUUUGGGAGCGACCAAUAUUAACGAUUUAUUUGAUCGAUCGGAAUCGCUAUCUGUGGUUUAAAUACACUUGCACUUUGAAGUAGAUUAUGUGCUUAUGUUUCUCACGCUUAUUUUUUUAUAUAAUAUAAUAAAGUUGAUAAUCUUUUAAAAAUAUAUUAGAUCACGGUGAAGAAUUGUAGCUACUUUUUAGCAAUAAAAAAGGGGUUUUUUUGAAGAAAAUAGAUAAAAUACGUUAAUUUUAAUUGAAAAUUUAAUUUUGUGACAUAAUUCUGUUCUUGCUCACUGCAUAUUUUUCUACCACAGCUUUGAUGGGACGUCAAGCUAAGAUUUCGAUGCGCGCCGGUACGAAGAAUCGAAAUGAUUAUAUAAACAUGUGAUGCAGGCUUUGUAGAGGGAAACGCCAUGGCUGUGCGGGGAACCGGUUCUCUUCCCAUUAAUAUGAGGCAUUUAUUGUAUAACAAUUUACAAUAUGUGACAAUUCUAAGGUAAAGGUUCCGUUUUGGAAGUGUUUCGUCAGAAAUGGGAAGCAUUUAAACCUUUUUGAGCCGAACAUUUGGCUUCGUUGCUUAAAAAUCCACUUCCACCUAUGGCACCUAGCGAGCUAAAAGUUAGAAAAAUAGUAUAUUGUCUAGUUUACUUUUACUAGGUAUAAAAUCCAGUGAGAUAUUUAUAAAUGCUUACUUAAUCUUUAUAUUUAAAUCUCGUCACAUAUUGUAGGUUUAAGGAUAAGGUUCUAACCAAAUAUUGGUAUAUGGGACUCCCUUUUUCAAAGUACGUAUCGGUUGAUAAACUUUUUUUAUUCGCCUCACACUAAAAUUAUAUACACAUUAUUUUAUUUGAUGCCAAUACGUGCUUGUUUUCUUCAAACACAAAAUUAUAAUGUUAUUCGCAUGUAUAAUGGAUGUUUAGAUGUUUAAUAACGAUCAUUCCUAUUUCAUUUCGAAUUUAAAUUUUAUUUUUAUUUAUGUGUGAUCGCAAUGCGUGUAGUAUGUAGUCACUGCCUUAGUUUUUUUUUUUUAGCGCACUUUUGUUUGUAUUACUUUCAGUUACAAAGUACUUAUAUUACUCAACUGGUACUUAAACCCAUCUCAAGAUCGAAUAGAAGGCGUGACAUUUAAUUGUAAUUUUGAUUUUAUUUUUUCAUAUAUAACGCUAUUAUAUAUAGCAGUAUAGCAUAUUUUUCUAUAUUGAUCAAUGUAGUGGUUGCCACACCGCUGAUUGUGAAGUUUUUUUUUAUAAAAAUAUUAAAGGAUAGUUAUUUAUUUUGUGCGAAUGUUAGUUUAAGACUACAUAUUUUUUAAACUUUCUGUUGUUGUAAAUGAAAUGUCGCGACAUCGACUUGUAUACAUUGUUUUUUUUUUGUGGGUAGUUGAUCUUGUCAAUUAACUUUAUUCGCAUCUGGCAAUCCUAAGUGUCAAUUAAAAAAAUGUUGCCAUACUCUAUUUUCAAAUGAUCGAUUUGUAAGUUACAGAAUGAAAAUCUCUAUCUCAUAGUGUGAAAUCAGUAUUUGAAACUUAUUAAAUUAUUUUGGGUAGUAGUAAAUUACUUUUAUUUAUUUCGGAUAGUAAAUCUAUUUAUGUUGUUGAUAAUAAAAUUUAUGGCCUUUGUAAGUGUCCCUUACUUUUUAUCUCCGCUUAUAAAAUGAUCACGCAAUCGUUGGCAUUAUAAAAUCACUAAUUUAUUAUUUUUUUUAUAAGAAUAGUGCAAUUUUUUUUGUGGUCACAUAAUUUUUAUUUUUAAAACACUCCAUUCGUUUUUGCUUUCAAAUGAGAAUUAAAUGUAUAUAGUCGAUAUCAUGACCCAGAUGUACCGCCAUGCACACUAUUAUAGUAUACACUAGUAUACCUGAGUAUUGACUAACUGAAUGGGUGAUAGAGCCUAGGACUAACCGGUGUAAGUGGCAGUCGGUGAAGGUUUAGCUCAAACUAGCAAGGAAUCCUAAAUUCAAGCGGCCAUCUGCUUUCAGGUACGUUAGCCACGCGGAAAUUAAGAACAAAUUAAAUUAAUUAUUUUUUUCGAAUAAACUUAUUUUGUUUAAUGUAAUUUAAUAUCUAACUGUAUUAUUCGUUUGUGAUUUCUCAAAGAGAUUUUUUUUUAUUUUAUGUUAAAACGCCCUCUAUGUUCCUAUUAAUGUUUUAAUAGAUUGCAAUUGUACUGUACUUAGUUAUUUUUCAGUUUCGCAUGUAAUACACAGUUUAUAAUUUGUAUCACAAACUGGAAUCUCUUACUUAAAGUUAGUACUUAAUUUAGAGGGAAAUAGAUUUUCUACAUCCAAAGGUAAAGGCUUAAGUGUGUCAUAAUGUAACACGAUGCAUUAGAAAUAAAUUAUGUUUUUUUA